AGAGAGAGAGAGAGAGAGAGAGAGAGACAAUGGAAGAGGUCUUCCCGUUUUGCUCCUACCGCGGCCUCCGUCAAGUUCCCCAAAUCCCCACCACCCUUCUUUCCCGGAAUGCCCCUGUGCAGCCCCGCCUCCCUCUGCUUUCCAGUCCAAGAGCCGCUCGCCUUUCCCUGCAUACCCCCAUCCCGCUUCCCGAAAAGCCCCCCAAAUUAUCCCCCACUCUUCCCCUUCUGCCUCCCGAUUCCGCCCCCUCUUCCUCCUCCUCCUUCCGCGACAAGCUCCUCUUCCUCGACGCCCUUGGCGUCGACCUCUUCGCCGCAGCCGCCGCCCACCCGGCCCUCGUUGCCGUUCCCCUCGCCGACCUCCGCGUCGCCGUCGACUUCCUCCGCUCCCUCGGCCUCGCCGCCCCCGAGAUCCGCCGCGCCUGCGGCAUGUGCCCCGAGAUCCUCACCGCCGCCCCCGCCGACCUCGCCGCCGCCGUCGCCUUCCUCCUCCGCGAGGCCGGCGUCCAGGGCCGCGAUCUCCGACGCGUCAUCGGUCGCCGCCCCCGCCUCCUCGUCUCCGACGUGGCCCGCCGCCUCCGCCCCACCCUCUACUUCCUCCAGAUGCUCGGCGUCGCGCCCAUCGCGCGGCAUGCCUCGCUGCUCUCCUGCAGCGUCGAGGAGAAGCUCCUCCCCAGGCUCGACUUCCUGGAAGAGGUCGGCUUCUCGUAUCGGGACGCUCGGGCCAUGGCCAGGAGGUUUCCUCAGCUCUUCUGCUACAGCAUAGAGGAGAAUCUGAGGCCCAAGUCGCAAUUUUUCGUGUCGGAGAUGCGGCGGGAGCUCCGCGAGCUGAGGGACUUCCCACAGUACUUCUCCUUCAGCUUGGCGGACAGGAUAAGGCCGAGGCAUCAGUCAUGCAAGGAGAAGGGCGCGUCCUUCCCACUGCCCGCAUUGCUGAGGCCAAGCAACGAGCAGUUCAAUGCCCAACUGGAGGUACGCAUUAGCUCUUCUUCUCCACUGAGAAGAUCGCCGCUUUGGCUCGCAACUUCGGAUACUGAUCUGUAGCUCGUUCGAACCCCCUUUUUUUUUGCUUGAAUUGAAUGAAGUUUAUCAUUGUGAAUAUAAUCAAGAAAUGUAUAUUGCAUUGCUGGUUUUACUGCACGGUAGGUGUUCGAUAAUAU